CUUGCUUAGCCAUUAUAUUUAAUUGUGCGCAUGUGUGCGUUGUGCUCUAAACUAGUAUUGACGUUGACAAUUUGCAGUUGAUAUUUAAUAGAAAUCAAACGAAAAGACAGUUGUGGGAGUUUCCCGAGAUAAAAAUUACACAUUCCAUAAUAUUAUUGAGACAAAAUGGAUAUGGCAUUUGGUGACAACUUUGUCAAUGAGCAAGAAGUAGAUCCAGUGGCAGAAUUUGUAGCAAGAGAACAGGAUCAGUUGGCAGGGCUUGAAAAUGAAAUUCCACCAGUUGCUAUGUCUGCUCCUACAAUGGCAUCUAAUAUAGAUGUUGGCCCAGGUGGUGAUGCUGAAGGUAGUUUUGAAAUAAUAGAUGCAAUUGGACAACCUUCUGAAACACAAGCACCUCCAGUAAUAGAAACUGCUCCCAAGCCUCCACCUGUAAAGGAAGAACCUGAAAAAAUACGAAAAUGGAGAGAAGAACAAAAAACUAGACUAGAAGAAAAAGAUGCAGAAGAAGAGAAGAAAAAGGAAGAAUGGAAAGAAGCUGCAAGAAAAGAAUUAGAAGAAUGGUAUAAACAUCAUGCAGAAGCUAUUAGUAAAACAAAAACUACAAACAGGGAAUCUGCCAAGAACGCAGAAAAACAAUUCGUAGCAGAAGCUGAUGAAGUGGAACCAGGAACUGAAUGGGAACGCAUUGCAAAACUUUGCGACUUUAAUCCCAAAUCUUCCCGCACUUCAAAAGAUGUUUCUCGAAUGCGUUCAAUUAUUUUGCAAUUGAAGCAAACUCCACCAGCUCCAGUCAGUCUUUGAUUAAAUUAAUAAUUUGGUAUGGAUUAUAGAUAUAUGCAUAUAUAUAUACACACAUACACUCACAUAUGUAUGUAUAAAUAUAUUAUGAAACAAAAGAAAAGUGUAUGCAAGUUAUAAUAAUAUCAUUUGAAAGAAAGAUCAUAUAUGGUCUGUUAAGAAAAAAUGUAAUAUUAUUGUGAAUAAAGAUUACUGAUAGCAAGUA